CCGUGAGUUGGACCUGAGCCAGAGCAUAUCCUGUUUUCCUUCUGCAGGCUAUUUUUUCCAAGCACUCUGCAAAACUGCUCUCCAAAAUUAAUGAGAAGCUGGGGCAAGAACCAGAAGUUGAAAAGUGGAAUUCCUUGAUGUCAGCGAGGGGUGACCUCAAACCGAUUCCAGGGGCUCUCCGGUCUUUGUCAAAGAAGGACCCCGAAUUUGGUGCUUUUGUUUGGGUGGGAUUAUAAAAGACUUAAGUUGUUACUACCAUUUCUGUUCGGGCAGAAACUGGCUGAAUAUGUUUAACGGUUGAUUAUCUCCAGGAACCUUUUACUCUCAGCCAGUUACAAGCGAUGAAUCCAUUGGAAGAAAAGAUCUUCUUGAACGUUGGGGGUCUCCGGUAUGAGACCUAUGCCAGCACCCUCCAGGUGUUCCCUGGCACCAAGCUGUGCCGCCUGACGGAGCCCCAGGCAGCCGCCACCUUUGACUAUGACCCGGACACCAAGGAGUACUUCUUUGACAGAAGUUCCUACCUCUUUGAGGAGGUGCUCAACUACUACAGGACCAAAGAGCUUCACUGCUCUGACUUGAUCUGCAAGUCAGUCCUGGAUGAGGAGCUGGCCUACUGGGGACUCGACAAUACCCUCCUGGCACCCUGCUGCUGGCAGAAAUUGAUCAUCGCUGAGGGGCAAAAGGAAGAGUAUGGCAUCCCGGAGGAAAACCAAGAGGCCGCUGGGCUCCUGGAGCAGGCGGGAAGGAACCAGAGUGCCUGGAGGGGCCGAUGGCAGAGCAGAAUCUGGACCACAUUUGAGAAACCCUUCUCCAGUUUAAGCGCAAAGGUCUUGGCUGCUGUGUGUCUCCUCUUCAAUAUAGGGAUAUGCUGCCUUUUUAUUGCCAAAGCUUUUGAAGACACCAUUUAUUUGCCUGUUUACAUCACGGAAAACCAGAUCAAUCUUAUUUCAGCCCUACACACUGUGGCUGACUAUUCCUUUUACACAAAGCCUUACAUCCUUUACUUGGAACUUUUUUGUGUCCUUUGGUUCAUGCUUGAAUUUUUUUUGCGACUCAUUUCCUGCCCAAAUAAGAAGAAAUUCCUCCAAAGCCCACUGAAUGUGGCCGAUUUUCUCUCCCUCUUCCCCAUUUGCAUUGAAGUUUCCUUCUAUGGGCAUCCCACAAGCCAUGAGCAAUUUUUAUUUUGGUUGGAUUUUUUCCGUGCCCCAUAUUUCUUCAAACUCUUGAAGGUUCUCAAGCUGGUGGAGACCCCUGUGAUGCUGAGAGUGCUAUCUUAUACCUCCAGGGCCGCCAUCAGAGAGAUCCUCGUCCUCCUCAUGAUUUUAGUCUUUGAAAUCCUUUUCUUUGGUUCUCUCUGUUAUUUUGUAGACAUAGUUGAAGAUAAUAUAUAUACACCAUUUGCUGACAUCGGCUCAGCUUUCUGGUGGGCAGUGGUCACCUUGACUACUGUAGGUUAUGGAGAUGUUGUACCCACCUCUUUAGUUGGUAAAAUGAUUGGAGCCUGCACAGCACUAUGUGGUGUCCUAACCAUUAUCAUCCCGAUUCCCUUCUUCUGUAUGAAAUUCCAAGGCUAUUAUGAUGCUGUCAUGAUCAAAGAGAAGAGAAAGAGGAAAAAAAAAACCCCACUCACCUUAGUAACAUAAUGGAUGGGCAGGAUGCUUCCAAUGUUUCAUCGGAAAAAAACAUGUGCUUCCAAACAGCUCCUGCUGUCCUGCAUCGUGUGUCUUCUCCUGCCUGAAUGAUUAAUGGUUUCAUAAAGCCACUCUCAUUCUGCUCCCGGAACUUCUCCACAAGUAAUUUUGUAAAAAUUCUUGCUUUCAAUUUAGCUGGCAAGUAGCCUCUUUCCCACUAUGGGCACAAGCUUAUUCAUUUUGAAUAUAUCAUAAAUGUGCGAUCAUGGUGCCUUCCUUUCCAGCAAGCAUCCUUAUUGGCUGAGGAUAAGUGAAAAGUGGAGUCGUAUGGCAGACAUUGUGUAAGGACCCACAAUUUUUAUUGAAAAUUUUUUAUUUUUUAACAUACAAAAAUACAAUAAAAUUUUAAAAUAUAAUAAA